AUGCCGGACUGCCCCACCGAGAUUUGCGGAGUGUGGGACCAGGAUCGCUCUCGCUGCGACUCGCUCUGCCCGCUGCUCGCCGGCCUCGGCUUGCCGUCGUGGGCCCAGUCGAUCGCGUGCCCUGCAGCCGACAUGGUGAAGAACACACUCCGCAUCUCGUGCCCCGAGCCCGGCACCGUCGAGAUUGUUGACAAGACAAUGUUUGGCCGGAAUAGUACUCGGGUGACGCUGGAUGGCGCCGAGCGCGAGGAGAAGUCGAAGGGGAGAGGCAAGGUCUUCAUGCUCUCGGGCUCGCAUUGUGCCGAGGGCACCGGCGCGACUCUCCACUGUCGCCUCGUGUCGCGAGGCGACGGAUGGCACACGCGAUCGGAGCGCUUCCUCUCCCAGGACCCUGCCGAUGCAGGCCAGGGGGUCAACUGGUUCGGAGCAGAGGGCGAGAACGGCACGGUCGAGGGUCUUACGCACGGCAGCCUCGACCGCUUUUUUGAGUUCCUGUCCACGCACAACUUCAACGCGGUCCGAAUCCUCUUCAACCACCGCUCCGUGCGAGAGAACCGUCCCAUCCCGGCGCGCUCCUUCAGCGCACUGCACAAUCCUAGCCUGUACGACGCCAUGAGCGGCAAACCUGUCGAGUACCUUCGCAUGCUCGUGCUGCUCGUCGAGGCAGCUGCUCGGCGCAACGUCCUCGUGUUGAUUGCAUGCGGCCGGCUCGCUGCGGACUAUUGGCCCGGCUCCGGCCUUUGGUAUGACGACAGCAAAGGGAUCAGCGAGGAGUCCGUGCUCGCAAGCUGGAGCGAGGUGGCGAGCACUCUUUGCGGCCAGUGGAAUGUGUUUGCCGCCGACCUGAUGAACAAGCCACACGAGGCGACGUGGGCGAUGGGCAACCCGCGGACGGACUGGGAUGCGGCAGCGGCUCGCAUCGGCAACCACCUACUCAGCCAGUGUCCCCGUUGGAUGAUCUUUGUGGAAGGCAUCGCUGUCGGUGCGGCCAACGACGGCGGGGUGUCCCGUGGCUACUUUUGGGGGGAGAACCUCCGCGGCGCGCUGCAGCACCCGGUGGUGCUGCGCGACGAGAGCAAGCUGGUCUACUCGCCCCACACAUACGGCCCCUCGGUGCGCCAGCAGCAUUACUUUAACCGCGCAGAGGGCUUCCCUACCAACAUGCCCGACAUCUGGAAUCAGCACUUUCUGAAUGUGCGGCGCGCGCGAGGCGAGUCAGUAGUCGUGGGCGGCUUCGGCGGCCGCUUCCAGUCCGAAGAGGACCAAAAUUGGCACAUCAAGGCCGUGUCCUACUUCGUGAACAACCGCGUCAGCAGCUUCUACUGUGCCCUGAACCCGACGGCUGCCGGCACGGGAGGUUUGCUCGAGGAUGACUGGGCUACGCCUCGCAGCGACAAACUCGACGUCCUGUCCAGGCUGGAGAGCAGUGACGUGACGCAAUUUUUACCGCCGUCGCCGCGGCCGCCGCCGCCGCCGCCGCCGUGCCUCUGGGAGCGCGACAGUCCUUGCCACUUUGCUUGCACGCUCACAAACACGGAGGCCGGAUGCUCCGAGGGAGGGCGCGAUCAGUUGGUCACGUCCGUCCCAGGCGGGCCGUGCUUCUACUGCGGCCACUACAACAAGGACCCCGCUGGCUGCGUGACCAAGUACUUUCAGGUGCCGGGAGUCAGCUUCAUUGCCCUGAAACGGUGUGAGUUCAAGAAUGGCCGCUGCCAAGCCGAAUUUGAGCGGCAGAUGUGCGACGGCUGGCAGGUGCCGUCGCCGCUCCCUCCGCCGCCGCCACCGCCGCUCCAGCCGACUGAACGUUCCGAUUCCACCCAGCUGAGGCCAAGUGAUAGUGGCUCAGAGGUGCUCCUGCCCUCAGACUCGGCUAAGAGCCGAAAAAUGAUGAUUUCCACAGAGAUCAGAGUCUUGAGAAACUAG